UAUCCCUGAAACCUGCCGGUGUUUGUAAUCUUUUUCUCAACAAAGAACAAAACUUUCCCUCAUAAAAUCUCACCAUUUCUUCAAGCUUCUCUCUCUCUCUUUAUUUUCCUUCAAAGAUCAGACCUUUUGUAGCAACAGGACCAAAUGGAAUUUUCUGGACUUUCAAGGAAGCCUUGUUUCAUUGAAGAAGAUGAUGGCUUGGCAUCCCUAGCAGCUAUGGAACCAAAUGGGUUUUUUUCAACACCCUUUUGUUUCUCAAGGAGGAGUAGUUUAAGGAACCUGUCUUCUUCUUGUUUAGUUUCUUCUCCAGGGUCUGCCAGGUUUUUUGAUGGCAGACUUGAAGACCGUCAGCCCCAUUUCUUGGAUGCUUGUUUCCUUUGCAAGAAAUCUCUUAGGGGUAACAGCGACGUCUUCAUGUACAGAGGGGACACACCUUUCUGCAGUGAAGAGUGCAGGCAAGAACAAAUCGAUAUGGAUGAAGCCAAGGAAAAGAAUCGGAACCUCAGUUCAUCAAUGAAAGCUUUGAGAAAGAAAGAUCAAAGGAAAUCUACAUCUCCAACCAAUUCUGAAGACUACCCUUUCCGAACAGGCACUGUUGCAGCUGCCUGAAUCACCUAGCAAAGGAAAUAAACAACAUAUACUUAAUAAAUAGCUAAGGAAGAUGAAGAAGAAAGAUGGCUAUCUUGAGGGGGGGGGGUUUAUCCCCCUUU